AGCACCUCCCGAAGCGCUGCCGUCGGUUUCUUAGUACUAAAAAACCGUCUACUCUGCUGUGGGUCUCGGUUAGUCUGAAGUCUCGGAUCUCAGUCAGCGUCCAAUCAGCAGUCUCCCGGCGAUCGGUCAGACUGCUCAACAGGCUGCUGUUGGUCAUUCGACGGCUCGUCACCAGUUCCCCAAUACCCAGUCAGCCGUCACUCCGCCAAUGUCCGCCGAGGCUGAGAAGUGCGUCUCUGCCGCCGUGGACGCACCGCCGCUGCCGGCGUCGCUGGGUGCGCGGUCGGUGGACGAGGAGACCCGCCGCAGGCUGGCCGACGCGUUCCCCGUGUACGCGUCGGUCGGUCUGUCGCCGUUCGGCCCGUCGGGCGUGCUGCUGCCCUCCGACGCCGGCCCCUUUCUGGAGCGCUACUACAGCACGCCCGUGGAGCCGGGAGACCUGUGGAUCGUCACCCUGCCCAAGUGCGGCACGACAUGGACGCAGGAGAUGGUGUGGCUGAUCCAGAACGACUGCGACUACGAGGGGGCGCAGUGUCUGCUGUGCCCCGACCGGUACCACUUCCUGGAGAUCCCGGCUCUCAUGGCGCCGCAUGUGCGGGACGAGAUACGUCAGGGUAAAAAUCCGGUCAGCAAACGACUCAUGUUCUCGCCGAUCGAGGAGCGACCGAAGCCCUGGUUCGUCAAAACUCACCUGCCGCUUCACUACUGUCCGCCGGCACUGCUGGAACGGGGAAAGGUUAUUUACGUGGCACGGAACCCGAAGGACGUGUGUGUCUCCUACUUCAACCACCUGCUGAUGUUCAAGGAGCGCCGACCCGACAUGAACAUGGACGAGUUCGCCCAGAUGUUCAUGGACGGAGAGGUCAGCCUGCUCCCCUUCUUUCCGCACGUCCUGGAGGCAUGGAAGGAGAGAAAUAAUCCCAACAUGCUGUUCCUGUUCUUCGAGGAUAUGAAACGCGACCUCAGAGGAGCAAUCCAGCGGGUGGCGGACUUUCUGGAGAAACCCCUGACGGAAAAGCAGCUGGACGGGCUCGAGUCCCACCUCCAUUUUAGCAGUAUGAAAAAGAAUCCCUGGGUGAACAAGAACAUGACGUACGCCUACUCGGCGCUAACGGCCGAGGAGCUGGCGGCAGAAAACGCCGCGUCAAAACUGGAGUUUAUGCGGAAAGGCGAGACGGGAGACUGGAGAAACCACUUCAGUCAGAAGACCUCGGAUGAGAUGGACGCCUGGAUAGAAAGGGAACUUGCGGGCACCGAUCUCAAGUUCGUCACCGAAUUAAAGAAGAACUAAAUGAACCAAAGUCGACCUGGCUGACAAACUGUCGCUAGAAGCUCGCCUGCUCAGGAAUCCACUGGGACCACCGACCACAAGGCGAAGCAAGCGCACAUUCUACGUCUUGGUGUUUUUAAUCUGGAGCUAUGCAGCUUUAUAGACGCAUGCAAUAUUAUUAUUUUGAUAUGUCUAAUUAUAUCUUGAUGUGGUUACGGGACCAAAAGUUUGUUAGGCAUUGGUGUAACGAGAGAAACAUUUUGCUGAAGACCCAACAAUCUGUAGGUAUUGAAAAACACUAGAGCAGAUAAGCGGCUUCAGGCUAGAACAUGGAACAUUAUGAGCAAGCAAUGAUACCCAAUGAAAUGUCAGUGCCAAAGUAAAUGGUUGUCUAUACGCAUAAUAAAGAUAUCA